GCAUAUUCUUUUAGGGGGCGAGUAUUUAGUGAUUGAUCUCGACAUAUUCGUCUGUGAAUCAUUCAAGUUUCUCUCCCGGUCACACUUCCGCGAAAUACAUCAUCAAAGGAUUAUUCAAAGCAACGAGAACUACAACCGCCAAGCCAUUUAAACCCCCUCGAAUAUCACGGCACUUCUUCCUUCAACAACUUCAAAAGCAUUCAUAAACAAUGGCAAACUUCCCUCAAAGAAUCUUCUGCUGCAAGGCCGCUGGCCCGGCCCCUGUAGCCAGCAACAUCAAGCUUCACAACGACCCGAACCGAGAACUCCAUGAGGCAAUUUUUCGAUCCUUCCUAGCAUUCGCAGUUCGUCGACAAGUCCUUGCAGACUUCGUCGAAGAAGAAGCCAGGGAACGAAAGCAAGAGUCUGCUCGCCUCCUUGCACUCAUCAGUGGCAUCACCAACCCAAACAGCGAGGUUCCUCCGCUUCCAGCCACACCUCCUCCACCUUCCCCUCGAUUCCUGAAACCGGUACCCGCGCCCAUCUUCACACUCGAGGCGCUGAAGAACAACCCUCUCGAUCCCCAGGUUCCGUAUGUCAUCCACCUUACAUCACGAGUCAACUUCGGGCCGGUAUACUCACACCGUUACUUCGCAUGCCCGUGGGACCUCCAACACGACUGGGUUGAGAUGUCGCUGGUUCACUGGUUCGCGGCAGGAGAACCGUUCAAGAUGAAGGCUGAGAAGUGGGAUGUGAAGUGCGAGAAGGAUGAGCACUUCUUCCGGUUAACGUUGAGGCCAAAUCUAGCGAUGAGACCUGUUGCCCCUACUCCGGUCGCAGGGGUUCACUAUGCUCACUCAGAGGAGGUCGCCGGAGUCCACUAUCUUCAUGGCCCUGAGCUUCAGGGGCUGGAGUUGCAGGAGAGGUGUUGACGUUAGUGAGGAACUGAGGGAUUGCAUUUGGGGAAGGGA